GGAUUUCACUUGGAAAAGAGAAUGUUCCAUACUAAUGGACUCGGGUGCAUAACCAUAACUAUGGGUUCCAAUGUACGAGAUCUUGUAGCACUUACCAAUGAGGCCCUAUCGAUUAGUAUUAUACAAAAGAAAUCCAUUAUAGACACUAAUAUAAUUAGAUCUGCUCUUCAUAGACAAACUUGGGAUUUGCGAUCCCAGGUAAGAUCGGUUCAGGAUCAUGGGAUCCUUUUCUAUCAGAUAGGAAGGGCUAUCUCAAAAAAUGUACUUCUAAGUAAUUGCUCCAUAGAUCCUAUAUCUAUCUAUAUGAAGAAGAAAUCUUGUAACGAGGGGGAUUCUUAUUUGUACAAAUGGUACUUCGAACUUGGAACGAGCAUGAAGGAAUUAACGAUACUUCUUUAUCUUUGAGUUGUUCUGCCGGAUCGGUCGCUCAAGACCUUUGGUCUCUACCCGGACCUGAUGAAAAAAAUGGGAUCACUUCUUAUGGACUCGUUGAGAAUGAUUCUGAUCUAGUUCAUGGCCUAUUAGAAGUAGAAGGCGCUCUGGUGGGAUCCUCACGGACAGAAAAAGGUUGCAGUCAGUUUGAUAAUGAUCGAGUGACAUUGCUUCUUCGGUCCGAACCAAGGAAUCCCUUAAAUAUGAUUCAAAAAGGAUCUUGUUUUAUCGUUGAUCAGAGAUUUCUCUAUGAAAAAUAUGAAUCGGAGUUUGAAGAAGGGGAAGGAGUCCUCGACCCGCAACAGAUGGAGGAGGAUUUAUUCAAUCACAUAGUUUGGGCUCCUAGAAUAUGGCGCCCUUGGGGCUUUCUAUUUAAUUGUAUCGAAAGGCCCAAUGAAUUGGGAUUUCCCUAUUGGGCCAGGUCAUUUCGGGGCAAGCGGAUCAUUUAUGAGGAAGAGGAUGAGCUUCAAGAGAAUGAUUCGGAGUUCUUGCAGGGUGGAACCAUGUAGUACCAGACACGAGAUAGAUCUUCCAAAGAACAAGGCUUUUUUCAAAUAAGCCAAUUCAUUUGGGACCCUGCGGAUCCACUCUUUUUCCUAUUGAAAGAUCAGCCUUUUGUCUCUGUCUCUGUGUUUUCACAUCGACAAUUCUUUGCAGAUGAAGAGAUGUCAAAGGGGCUUCUUACUUCCCAAACAGAUCUUCCUACAUCUAUAUAUAAACGCUGGUUUAUCAAGAAUACGCAAGAAAAGCAUUUCGAAUUGUUGAUUCAUCGCCAGAGAUGGCUUAGAACCAAUAGUUCAUUAUCUAAUGGAUUUUUCCAUUCUAAUACUCUAUCCGAGAGUUAUCAAUAUUUAUCAAAUAUGUUCCUAUCUAACGGAACGCUAUUGGAUCAAAUGACAAAGACAUUGUUGAGAAAAAGAUGGCUUUUCCCGGAUGAAAUGGUUGUUGCUAUCUGCUCCAAUAACGAAUCAUUGGUUUAACUGAAUAACUAAAUCAAAUAGAUAGACCUUUCUUUCUCUUUGUCUCAGGUCGAUAGCUCUUCUCAAUUGAAAGAUACCCUAUAUUGAUAAUACACAUUCCAGUUGACCGAGCCUAAUUCUAAUUGUUUUGUUCCGAAGCAAAGAUAUCCACGGGGCGGUUUGUCCUAUUCAGAUAUUCACGACCAAGAAGUACUGAAUUCUCUUUCUUUUCGGAUAGCCCUGAAAGGAGAAGGAAGGUUGGAAUGCCAACAGGCGUCUAUUAUGGAAUUCACCCGACCCGAGAGUACCCAUUUGGGGAACGUCCGGUGCAAAAGUAAUUGAAUGGGUAAGUCGCCAAUCCCUAAAACGGACUAUGUAAUGUACUUUAUCGGGUUACGGGUGGGCAUUUUACCAGAGGUUUCUAUUGUAUCAAUCUACCCCUGUGUGAUUCCUGUUGAAGCAUAUCUCGGGGGGGUGCAGGGCAGACGAUUUCAAAACGGACUCCCCAUUCAUUAGAUAGAGAAGAUCACCAAGAUUUCGUGAUGCGCUGCCGAACUUAUUCCAAUUCAAUAAGAGAUCUCAAUAUUAUGCCUUGAAGAGGACUCGAACCUCCACGCUCUUUAGCACGAGAUUUUGAGUCUCGCGUGUCUACCAU